GUCCAAAUCGCCCGUUUGUUUCUUGUUGAAGGAGUCAUCGCCCCAAGGGGCCGAAUCAUCUCCAGUGGGGGCUCAUGGAUCUCAAAAGAGCAAUCGUCCUCAACACUCCCUCUGAACCCCCCACACCCACCACCCCUCGUCCCACCCUCUUCCUCUCCUCUUCCGGCAAGGCCCUCGUCGUUUCCAACUCCAGUAAAUCCCUCCAGGCUUCCAAUUCCAAUAAAUCCAUUCUCUCCAAUUCCGGCAAGCGCUUCGACAAGAAGAAGUAUGUCAAGCAGGUCACCGGCCGCCACAAUGACACCGAGCUUCACCUCGCCGCCCAGCGUGGCAACGUCGCCGCCAUUCGCCGCAUUUUGGGAGAAAUCGAUGCCCAGAUGAUCGGAACCCCCAGUGGGGCCGAUUUUGAUGCCGAGCUCGAGGAGAUUAGGUCCGCCAUUGUCAAUGAGGUCAACGAAUUGGGGGAGACGGCUUUGUUUGUGGCUGCCGAGCGGGGUCACAUUGACGUGGUGAAGGAGCUUCUGCCUUAUGCCACCAGCGAGGCUCUUUCCUUGAAAAAUCAAUCAGGCUUCGAUGCCUUACAUAUUGCUGCUAGCCAUGGUCACCUAGCCAUUGUUCGGGUGUUACUGGACCAUGAUCCAGAGCUAGUAAAUACAUUUGGACAAUCAAAUGCAACUCCCCUCAUAUCAGCAGCUACAAAAGGGCAUGCAGAUGUUGUUGAUAUGUUAUUAUCACGAGAUCCUAGACAGGUGGAAUUAUCUAGGUCCAAUGGAAAGAAUGCACUCCAUUUUGCUGCCCGUCAGGGACAUGCUUGUAUCGUAAAAUCAUUACUCGAAAAGGACCCACAACUUACUCAAAGGACUGAUAAGAAAGGGCAGACUCCGUUGCAUAUGGCUGUAAAGGGGGUUAACUGUGAAGUAGUAAGGUUGCUUCUUAAUGCAGAUCCAGCAACGGUUGCCCUACCUGACAAGUUUAACAACACUGCAUUACAUAUUGCCACAAGGAAGAAGAGGGCAGAGAUAGUGAAUGAGCUAUUACUUCAUCCUGAAACCAAUGUUAAUGCCCUAACAAGAGACCGUAAAACGUCUCUUGACAUUGCCGAAGGACUCCCUCCAUCUGAAGAAAUCCUAGAGAUUAGAGAUUGCCUGGUUCGUAGCGGUGGAGUUAAAGCCAGUGAUCUUAACCAACCAAGGGAUGAGCUAAGGAGGACUGUGACACAGAUCAGGAAGGAGGUCCAUAUUCAGCUUGAACAAACUCGAAAAACAAACAAAAACGUGGAUGGGAUUGCCAAGGAGCUACGCAAGCUGCACAGAGCGGGGAUCAACAAUGCUACCAACUCAGUGACCGUAGUUGCUUCGCUCUUUGCAACAGUUGCAUUUUCUGCAAUUUUUACAGUUCCUGGUGGGGAUUUUGAUAGUGGAGUGGCCGCUGUGGCGUCCACUCCAUCUUUCAAGAUCUUCUUUAUUUCUAAUGCAAUUGCACUCUUUACAUCAUUGGCUGUUGUCGUGGUUCAGAUCACAGUUGUUAGAGGGGAGACGAAGUCUGAAAGGAGGGUUGUGAGGGUGAUUAAUAAGCUGAUGUGGUUAGCUUCUAUUUGUACCACGAUUGCAUUCAUUUCAUCAUCUUAUAUAGUAGUUGGUCGACGUAACAUGUGGGCUGCAGUCCUUGUUACUGUGAUAGGGGGAGUUGUGAUGGCUGGUAUUCUUGCUGCUAUGACAUACUAUGUGGUUAAAUACAAGCGUAUUCGGAGGGUGAGAAAGAAAGCCAAAUUGGCCAAGAAACAUUCAGUGCAUCAUUCAGAUUCAGAUUCAGAAAUAAAUCCGAUUUAUGCCAUUUGAUGCCAUUUUGGACCUCAUACUGGACCAUGAAGUCUCUGUGUAAACCUAUAGGGAAAGGAUGCUUU